AUGCGAGCCAUUUUUGUUAUUCUCGUCUUUGUCAUUGCAAUGGCAGCUGCCUCACCCAUCCAUGGAAUCUGGACCCAUUUGCCAGGAGCUCCAGUGAAGCGUCUCUACGGCUUCUACAAUUAUCUUCCAAGAGAAGAUGAUGACCGGGACAAGAGGAACACCAUUUAUUAUUGGACACCGGGUGACGACUACGUUCAAUAUUAA